GGGUGCCACGCCGUAGCCUUAUUAGAAGCGGCACUCGCUCACCUCCCUCAGUAUGUUUGUGUUCGCCAUGAAGCUCUCAACGUUGGUCAUACUGCUGGCAGGGGCGGCGGUGGCAGCGGCGGUUGGGCGUACUCCCAGGAUAGCCGGGGGUCAGGAAGCCAACAGAGGUCAGUUUCCGUGGCUGGUGUCCCUGCGGCUGACCAACACGGAGACCACGUGGCACCUCUGCGGCGGCGUGCUGAUCAACUCACAGUGGGUGCUCAUCGCCGCCCACUGCCUCGACCAUGAGAAGCCCGAGUGGCUGGCCGUGGUCAGCGGGGAACAUCGGACGGACGUGCACGAAGGAUCGGAGCAGCUUCGCACUGUUGACUAUUUCAUCCAGCACCCUGACUAUAUCUACUACCAGAAGCCGUACGUCAACGAUGUGGGUCUGGUGCAUGUCUCGAGCCCCUUCAUCCAGGACGCCUACACGCAGGCAACGCCCCUCGGCAACUUCGAUUCCCUCCCAGAGUAUUGCACCGAGGCUGGCUGGGGGCGGCCGAGCGAUAGCACCGGCGAGUCUAGUGUGCUAAAGUACGUUGAUGUCCCUAUUCUGCCUUCCUAUUACUGCGAGAACGCCUAUUCGUCACCCAAGGACCCCGACAGCUUGUGCGCCGGUUUCCUGCAAGGUGGCGCCGGCUUCUGUACGGGGGACAACGGCGGGGGUCUGCGGUGCUGGGACGGUGUGAACGGCCGAUACGUGGUAAGCGGCCUCCUGUCGUGGCGGACGGGCUGCGCUGAACCCAACAAGCCCGGGGUCUACAUGAACGUGGCGCAUUACUUGGACUGGAUCUCGUGGGUCAUCGCAUGAGGCGAAAACCAAUCUUCAGAGUGUUGAAAAAAUGAUUGGUUUGCUCCAUGUUCUUACCCUGACAGAUGUCGAUAUGAAUAACGUGUUGUUACGAAGUGUAUAUACAGUCUCUGAUCAUUAUUGUAAUAUGUGAUUAAAUAAAAAUGAUGUAUAUUCCUA